AAGAAGAAUCUGAUUUUCCUGAAGAUACAUGUGUUUUUAUUUGCAGUACCGAACCUGAGUUCGCGCUUGCGCUUUCAGUCUUCCUCCUCGGAUAUGACUCCCAAUCCGCGAUUGCGGCGCUCGCGUUACAUAUUUGCGUCCAACAUGGCUGCGAAUGGUGCGGUGUGUUCGUCGAAGACGAAGUUACAGGAUGGCAGAUGCGUUGUGAAAGAAGUGAAUGGGGUACGAAACAUAUUUUCAGAACAAGUAGAAUAUUCAAAAUUGUUGGAGACAAAAGAUUCAAAUGGUGUGCCUCCAAAGAAGAAACCUGUAAGAUCAAAAGAAAGCUUUGAAGAGGUUCCUCUUUAUACAGCAGUAAUGACAUAUCUUGGAUUUUAUCUCCUGAUGUUCCUAGGCUAUUUUAAUCAGUUGUUCUUUACCCCAAAAGUUGCAAUGGAGAAGAACAGAGAAGGUUAUGUGCCAUUAUUUGACAGAUUUGAGAGUUUCUACUUGCGCUAUGUGUACCGGCGAGUUAGAGAUUGUUGGAACCAGCCAAUAUGCAGUGUUCCAGGUGCAGAAAUUGUUCUUAAAGACAGGAUUACUAAAGAUUAUGGAUGGACAUUUGAGCACGGCUCUCCGGUAGAAUUCUCGAUUUCAACGGCAGUGACAAGGAAAGUCGAGCCCACACUGUGGUACACAGGAACUUUCACCAAAUGUCUGAAUCUUGGUUCAUACAAUUACCUGGGUUUUGCUGAAGCAGAUGGGCCUUGUGCAGAUGCAGCAGCUGAAGCAAUCGAGAUGUAUGGUUGUGCUAUGUGCAGCACUGUUCAAGAACUUGGGACACAUCCAUUGGUGGUGGAGCUGGAGAGAACAACAGCAAAAUUUCUUGGCACCGAAGAUGCCAUUGUAUUUGGGAUGGGGUUUGCUACAAAUUCUUUGAACCUGCCAAGUCUAGUCUCUCCAGGCUGCCUUGUUUUAAGUGAUGAGAAGAACCAUGCGUCGCUUAUACUUGGUUUGCGACUUUCUGGAGCCACCAUAAAAGUUUUCAGGCACAACAACAUGCUGUCUCUUGAGAAACUGCUACGAGACGCUGUGAUAUACGGACAACCACGCACUCGAAGGCCAUGGAAAAAGAUUCUUAUCGUAGUAGAGGGAGUGUUCAGCAUGGAGGGAUCCAUAGUGCAUUUACCUGACAUCAUAAGACUCAAGAAGAAGUACAAGGCUUACCUCUACUUAGAUGAGGCUCACAGCAUUGGAGCUCUGGGUGAAAAUGGCAGAGGUGUCCUGGAUUAUUAUGGCUGUGAUCCAAAUGAUGUGGACAUUCUCAUGGGAACCUUCACCAAAAGCUUUGGCUCAGCAGGAGGAUAUAUAGCUGGAUCUAAGCGCCUCAUUGAUCAUCUUCGUGUUAAUAGCCAUGCUGCCUGCUAUGCAUCAGCUAUGUCUCCUCCUAUUGCACAACAGAUUAUCACGUCUAUGAAAAUAAUUAUGGGUGAAGAUGGUACUCUUGAGGGUAAGAAGCGAAUUAUCCAGCUGGCACGAAAUGCAAGGUAUUUCCGGCGGAGACUGAAACAGAUUGGAGUCAUAAUAUACGGGAAUGAUGAUUCACCAGUUGUACCUCUCCUGGUGUACAUGUUUUCCAAGAUUGGGGCUGUUGUUCGAACUUUGCGAACAAGGAAUAUUGCAACUGUAGGAGUAGGUUUCCCAGCAACUCCUCUCAUGGAGGGACGUAUUCGCUUCUGUAUCUCAGCAUCUCACACAAAAGAGCAGCUUGAUAAGGCGUUAGAGGUGAUUGAAGAAAUUUCAGACACAUUAGGACUCAGAUACUCUCAGUUGCCUCGAUUCAAGGGUGAGGUUGUGUAUGGGUCAGAUGACGAGUCGCAGUGAUACGCUACCACGCCAGUGACUGACUGCUUGUAACUUGCUGCCUUAAAAGAAGUAUGUCGAACCUUUGUGGCCUUGGAUCGAUAUCAGAUAUGAACUGUGAUAAUUUGAAUUUGUGUAUAUUUAAAAUGCACACACACACACAUGCCAAAUACAGGAUGUCAGUCGAGAGUUUUUAACAUCCUAGUUGGUAGGUGAAACAUAAAAAUGCAUGUGAAAACAUGCCAUGUCUGCAAUUAUAGCUAAUUACAAAUUGUCAUAUGCAGAGAAAAAUGUCUGAAGGACGCGUAGGAUAAAUGAAUUUACAGAAAAAUACAUUUUGUAUACUAAAAAUGGCGGCAGUGCUUGUACCCACCUACAGUUUAAACCUAAGACGUUCAAACCCUGGCAUUUAAUCAGAUGUUUACAGUAUUAUGAUACAAUAAUUUAAUUUUCUAAAUGUUUCUUAAAGGAAAUGGCUUCUAGUAAAUAAGAAAUUAACAUCAGUUUAAGAAAAUGUUCUGUCAAGUACUGGUAUGAUCAGAGUCACAUUUCUUUGAUAGUAGAUGGCUCCAUUUCAAGCCCACGCUACAAUUUUAGCCUUGCAGCUGAAACCAGCAUUCAAGAAAUUUGAUAUACGGAGAUGAAAUGCACUUGUAAAACAGUUACAUUGGCAUGAAGAUGACAGCCUUCUGGGAUACCGUGCCAUGUAGUCUCAUUGAAGUUAACUAAUGUUUCAGAGAUUUCUACUGCCUCCAUCAUCAGGGUGAUAACUCAUCACUCAUAUGCUCAUACACACCUUUGAAAAAUAAGUCAGUUUCUGUGAGAUUAAACAGUGUAACAUCCCAGGAGGCUAUCUGUUAUCUUCGUCCUUGCUACUUUGAGAACCUGAAAUCUCGAUUACAUCCAAGUUACUAAUCGGCCACUUUCCUUGACAUGUUAACAUAGUACAAUAUGUAUGUAAAAUCUGAUUUAUCUUUAGUUUGUACCUCAUUAAUAUUAAAAAUGUGUUUGUGACAUGCUUUGUGCACAGUCUUAAUGAGUGGCUUUAUAUAAAGACAGAAGUCAGUUUUAUGAAUGCUUGGGAAUUAAGUUAUAAUUACAUGCACUCUGUGAAAAAUUCACCUGUUCUUGUUAGUUUGUUUAUACCAUAUGUUCUCAAACAAUAAUUUUGUCACAAAGUCUUCAUUGUAUAAAUCAUCAAAAUGUCUGUAGGAAUAAACAAAGAUUAUUUGUAAGAAGGAAUUCUGUACAAAUUUAACAUUAAAUUAAAAUAUACUCUGAAAACA